CUGAAGCUGACAGCUCCACGGCUCCACGAGUGACAUUCUACCCACAUUGCCCCUCCACUCGCGGGUCUAAGAUCCGAACUGCAGGACGCACGCAGUUGUGACGAUGCCAUCCCCGAUGGAGGGCUCGUCCAGGGGCGAGGGGGACCUCUUCACGGUGGUCAAACACGAGCUGACGAACGCUAACCUGACGGGCCACGUGGAGCGUGUGGGGAUCGAGAACUUUGAGCUCCUGAAGGUGCUGGGCACUGGAGCGUACGGCAAGGUGUUCCUCGUGAGGAAAGUGAGCGGCCACGACGCGGGCAAGCUGUACGCCAUGAAGGUCCUGAAGAAGGCCACCAUCGUGCAGAAGGCCAAGACCGCCGAGCACACGCGGUCCGAGCGGCAGGUGCUGGAGCACAUCCGCCAGUCCCCGUUCCUCGUCACGCUCCACUACGCCUUCCAGACCGACACCAAGCUGCACCUCAUCCUCGACUAUGUCAAUGGCGGCGAGCUCUUCACCCACCUGGUGCAGAGGGUGCGCUUCAAGGAGCAGGAAGUGGCGCUGUACAGCGGCGAGAUCGUGCUGGCGCUGGAGCAUCUAAACAAGCUAGGUAUCGUGUACCGGGACUUGAAACUGGAGAACAUUUUGCUGGAUUCAAACGGUCACAUAGUCCUCACAGACUUUGGUCUCAGUAAGGAGUUCGACCAGAAACAAGUGGAACGCGCCUUCUCCGUGUGCGGGACUAUCGAGUACAUGGCGCCGGAAAUUGUGGAAGGAGAGUCCGGGCAUGACAAGGCGGUGGACUGGUGGAGUCUGGGAGUCUUGAUGUACGAGCUCCUGACAGGCGGAUCACCCUUCACCGUGGACGGAGACGAGAACUCCCCCACGGACAUCGCCAGGAGGAUCCUAAAAAAAGACCCUCCCUUCCCCAAAGACAUGUCGCCACUGGCCAAAGACAUCAUCCAGCGACUCCUCACCAAAGACCCAAAGAAGAGAUUGGGAUCCGGUCCAAACGGGGUAGAGAACGUCAAGAAGCAUCCGUUUUACCAGAAAAUCAACUGGGAGGACCUGGCAGCCAAAACGGUGCCGGCUCCGUUCAAGCCGGUGAUCCGGGACGAACUGGACGUCAGCAACUUUGCGGAAGAGUUCACGGAGAUGGACCCCACCUACUCCCCCGCCGCCCUGCCUCAGAACUGUGAUCGCAUCUUCCAGGGUUACUCCUUCAUGGCCCCCUCCAUCCUGUUCAAGAGGAACGUGGUGAUGGACGACCCGGUCCAGCUUUGCGGCGGCUCCGAGCGUCCGGGCUCGGCUGCUGUCGCCCGCAGCGCCAUGAUGAAGGACUCUCCUUUCUACAUCGGCUACGAAAUGGACCUCAAGGACAGCGCUCUCGGCGAGGGAAGCUUCUCCAUCUGCAGGCGCUGCACGCACAAGAAGACCGGGCAGAAAUACGCCGUCAAAAUAGUCAGCAAACGGAUGGAGGCGCAGACUCAGCGGGAAAUAGCGGCCCUGAAGCUCUGCGACGGUCACCCCAACAUCGUCAAGCUGCACGAAAUAUACCACGACCAGCUCCACACGUUCCUGGUUCUGGAGCUGCUGGGCGGAGGGGAGCUGCUGGAGCGUAUCCGCAGGAAGCGACACUUCAGCGAGACGGAGGCCAGCCGCAUCAUGCGCAAGUUGGUGUCGGCGGUCAGCCACAUGCACGACGUCGGCGUGGUGCACAGGGAUCUGAAACCUGAGAACCUGCUCUUCACCGACGAGGGCGAGAGCUCGGAGAUCAAAAUCAUAGACUUCGGCUUCGCCCGCCUCAAGCCGCCAGACAAUCAGCUCCUGAAGACCCCCUGCUUCACCUUGCAGUACGCCGCGCCGGAGAUACUCAAAUACGACGGCUACGACGAGUCGUGCGAUCUCUGGAGUCUGGGGGUCAUUCUGUAUACCAUGCUGUCCGGCCAGGUGCCUUUCCAGUGUCAGGAGCAGAGCCUGACCCACACCAGCGCGGAGGAAAUCAUGAAGAAAAUCAAACAGGGGGAUUUCUCCUUCGAGGGCGAGGCCUGGAGGAACGUGUCCCAGCAGGCCAAAGAUCUCAUCCAAGAGCUGCUGACUGUGGAUCCGAUCAAGAGGAUCAAGAUGUGUGGCCUCCGCUACAACGCCUGGCUGCAGGAUGACAGCCAGCUGUCUUCCAACCCGCUCAUGACCCCGGACAUCCUGGGCUCGUCCACCGUGUCCGUGCACACGUAUGUCAAAGCCACCUUUAACGCUUUCAACAAAUGCAAGCGGGAGGGCUUCCGCCUGCAGACGGUGGACAAGGCGCCGCUCGCCAAACGGCGGAAGAUGAAGAAGACCAGCACCAGCACGGAGACGCGCAGCAGCUCCAGCGAGAGCACCCAAUCUUCGUCCUCCUCGUCCCAGUCCCAGGAGAAGAACUUUGCCGAGGGCGACGGCCACCGGCCGCCCGCCACAACCCCCGUCGGCACGCCCGCCGCCCUGGGGACGGACUCCGAGCACCAAGAGCCGCCCCCGCCCGCUUUUCACUUUUCUGAUGGGAAGUGACGGAGGACCCGGAACUUCACGUUCACUUUCUAUCUUUUUUUUUUAUUUAUUUUUUUUGCAUGGAUGUCAUCCUGCACGUCUCCAAAGGCAAGCAUGCAGCAGGAGCGGCAACCUCAGUAUCCAAGCAACCUCCACUAGCAAUAGCUUGUCCACUUCUUGACAACAAACACACACACACACACACACACACACACACACACACACACACACACACACACACACACACACACACACACACACACACACACACACACACACACACAUUCUUGUAUUUCUCACCUUCCUAGGACUUCCGAAAAAUUCCUACCUCUAUAGGACCGCCCUUUCUAGAUAUAUAAAGAUUUGUAUUUACAACAUUAAUAAUAUAUACAAACUAUGCAAAUAUAAAAAAGGCUAACUUUUAGUUAAAAAAAAAAUAAAUUUUUUUUAAUUUUUGUUUGUAAUUGUUUUUUAUCUUCAUUAUUUACUUCAAGUUAUUACAGUAUGUCUCUAUCUACAUAUUUAUUUAUUUAUUUAAAUUAAUUUUGGCCAAAAGGGGGCGCAUUUCAAUUCUUACACACACUUGUUAUUUCAUAUGUUGACCAGAGGGGGGAUCACUUCAAAUUUUUACACACACUUGUUAUUUCAUAUGUUGACCAGAGGGGGGAGUACUUCAAAUUUUUACAUAUACUUGUUAUUUCAUAUGUUGACCAGAGGGGGGAGCACUUCAAAUUUUUACACACACUUGUUAUUUCAUAUGUUGACUGGAGGGGGGAGCACUUCAAUUUUUUACACACACUUGUUAUUUCAUAUGUUGACCAGAGGGGGAAACACUUCAAAUUUUUACACACACUUCUUAUUUCAUAUGUUGACCAGAGGGAGCACUUCAAAUUUUUACACACACUUGUUAUUACAUAUGUUGGCCAGAGGGGGCGCAUUUUUUAAACGACACAAAGUCAAUUUGAAAAAAAAAAAUCCCUCCUUUUUGGGACCAACCUCAUUUUGACCAGCAGGGGUGCAAAUGAGACAUUCUCUAUUAGAUGCAACGUUAUUGGGACCAUGAUUUAUGUCAUCACUUGUUCACACCUCCUCAUAUGGAAGAUACUUUUCCUUCUUGGUGUCUCAAGAAGGCUGGAAAUACAAGAACGCACACACACACACACACACACACACACACACACACACACACACACACACACACACACACACUGUGUCAAUCAGAGACUGGACCAGGAAGGAGCUGUCACCAAAAACAAAAAAGGGCUGCCCUCCUGCCACAGCUCUCACCCCUUUACAGCCCACUCCCCACGUCUGCUCCAUGCCUCCCCAGGUCUAAAGGGAAAGUCCAAAUGUUUACGCCGUGGAUGCUUUAUACGUGUUUUUUUUUUUUUUGCCCGAGCCAGAGGAAAUACGUAACGCCGGGACUUCUUCCGGAGAGGAGCGCCUCGGCAAGACGGAGUACGGUAAUUUAUACAUGUGUGACUUUUGCAGUCGGAUACAAGUAUUUAUGUAACUUAUUAAGGAGUUAAGAUGAGGAAAUUAAGAAUAGAGUGAGAAUAUUUUGCAUACGCGUGUGUCAAAACGCUUACAAGACUGUUUCCAAGUAGUUGUAGAUUCCCUUUUUGUAGAGCAAUCAGUGCUAGUGGCUAACGAGGCCCUCCAGACUCAGCAUGGUUACUCAGUGUCCCACGCUGCACUUUAAAAUCAGCCAGUGUGUACUUUUAUUGUGGGAACCAAACGGCAGCUCAUCAUCCAUUCAUCGCAAAACGUCAACAAGAAGAACCGUCGUAGGUUUGUUUAUUUUUAUUUUUCGUCUAAAAACGUGCCAAAACGAGCUUUUAACUGAUUUAAUGAUGGCGACACAUUAGCUGCUCUGAAGCAACUAGUGCAGGGGUGUCCAAACUUGCAUGCGGGGCCCAUUUGGAUAUUUUUCAUUUUCAAAACCAAUACAAGCUGUUUCCAAAGGGAGGGGGGUCGUAAACAGCCGCUGCCUUUGGUCACAAAACAGUUCAAAGAAAAGGUGCCUGGAGGGGAGUCAGGUCCUGCUUCCUCUCCGCUUUGUAGAUCUCGGGUCAAGACAAAAUCUUCCUGGAGAUUACAAUACAUCAAAGAAACCGACACAUUCAUGUCGCUUCCCAUCCUACACAGUGGCGUUUUACAAGCCUUUUGAUUGGUAAGAUCAAAGACAGCUUUUGUCUGCUCGCCGGGAACCCAUUAAAACACCAAAGUUUUGUGAUAACUUAGAUACAAUUAUUCUGACAAAAUCCCACGAUCAACUUCAGAUCUAUCCGUUGAUCAUAAGUUAUUUGCGAAAAUGUUUUUUUUGUUUUUGCCCUUUUUGUCAGAGAAAACUUUUUUUUUUUAAUGGCAAAAACACAAAAUAUGCAACAUAUUUCCUUCCAAAAAAAUUGUCAAAGUGGAAUAUUUGAAGGGAAGUAAGUGGAGCCUUAAAUACUUGCAUGCGGGGCCCAUUUUGAUAUUUUUCAUUUUCAAAACCAAUACAACGUAUUGGUUAGCUGUUUCUAAAGGGACGGGGGGUCGUAAACAGCCGCUGCCUUUGGUCACAAAACAGUUCAAAGAAAAGAUGCCUGGAGGGGAGUCAGGUCCUGCUUCCUCUCUGCUUUGUAGAUCCCGGGUCAAGACAAAAUCUUCCUGGGGAUUACAAUACAUCAAAGAAACCGACACAUUCAUGUCGCUUCCCAUCCAACACAGUGGCGUUUUACAAGCCUUUUGAUUGGUAAGAUCAAAGACAGCUUUUGUCUGCUCGCCGGUAACUCAUUGAAACACAAAGUUUUGUGAUAACUUAGAUACAAUUAUUCUGACAAAAUCCCUUGAUCAACUUCACAUCUAUCCGUUGAUCGUAAGUUAUUUGUUAAUUUUUUUUUGUUGUUUCCCUUUUUGUCAUAGAAAACUUUGUUUUUUAAUGGCAAAAA